AUGUCAGAAAAAGUAAAGGUGAUUUUUGAGGUUACCCCUGAAAAUGUCAGUAAAGUGAAGCAACAAGCAUGGGUCAGUGAGGUGUCAGCACAAUACCCUCGUCAGCAACAAGCACAAGUCAAUGAGGUAUCAGCACAGUACCCACGUCAGCAGCUAGCACGGGUGAGUGAGGUGUCGGCACAGUACCCAUGUCAGCAACAAGCACGGGACAAUGAGGUGUCAGCACAGUACCCUCGUCAGCAACAAGCACAAGUCAGUGAGGUGUCAUCACAAUACCCAUGUCAGCAGCUUGCACGGGGCAAGGCACACGCAGAGAUCGUGGGGGGACCUGAGAGGUACAUCCACCACGGGUCGUCGUUGAUGCUGGUGUGUUUACUUAAGAGCGCCACAGAACCUCCAGUCUAUGUUUUCUGGUACCGAGGCGAGAGAAUGAUCAACUAUGACAAGGAACAAGGAGUGACGGUGGACAACUCUCGUAAGUCAUCCAAGUUGUAUGUUUCUUCAGUGUCACGGAGAGACGAGGGUAACUAUACAUGUCUCCCCUCCAAUGCUGCCCCAGCCUCUGUUGUUGUCACCGUCAUCCAGAAGGAAAACCCCGCUGGACUUCAGCAGGAGACGAACACGGAGAAGGAAGCGUCUUCAGCGUCCUCAUCGGCAUCAUCGUCAUCAUCAUCAUCGUCGUCUUCAUCAUCGUCGGCGUCAUCGUCAUCAUCCGCAUCUUCGUCGUCGGUGUCGACGUCAAACAUCAGCAGCGGAGCGACGGGAAGACCCGAAACGCUGCAGCUCUUCCUACUGCUGCUGCUGCCUACCUCUCUCUCAUUUGCACUGCCACUGCUGCCUCUCCUCCUCCUUAGAUGAUGAGACAACAACACUGCAGGUAAAGGCAGAUGGAUCGUUAGAUGUGUAGUACAGUGAUACUCUGGCAUAUCUACGGAAGGGGGCUACGGAGCGCCAGAUGUGUAGUACAGUGAUACUCUCGCAUAUCUACGGAGGGGGGCUACGGAGCGCCAGAUGUGUAGUACAGUGAUACUCUGGCAUAUCCACGGAAGGGGGCUACGGAGCGCCAGAUGUGUAGUACAGUGAUACUCUGGCAUAUCCACGGAAGGGGGCUACGGAGCGCCAGAUGUGUAGUACAGUGAUACUCUCGCAUAUCUACAGAAGGGGGCUACGGAGCGCCUGAUGUGUAGUACAGUGGUACUCCUGCAUAUCUACAGAAGGGGGCUACGUAGUGAAGGCGGUGUGAUGGCUAGAACUGUCGAGGUUUUCAACAGACCCUCCUCUGGCAGUGGCAGAAGAAUUCCCACAGAAAUAAUGGGAAUCUGUCUUCCCUUAGUUCGCUCAAAGACAAAUUGAGUGAUUUGAGGCUCAUGGAAUAACGUGUUUCCUGGUUUGUUAAUACACUCGUAUCCUGUACAUUUUCGUAAAACAAAAAAUAUACAAAGGAACUCUAUACUUCGUAUCUGUACUUGAUGUAUUAACAAGUGUAUUUUCUUGUGUAAAAUCAUGUUGCUUAUUGCAACAUAGUUUUUCCAUGUUACUGGCUACAUACCCUAACAGCUGGGAAGAUCUAAGACUCUUGCUUGUGAAAAUUUAUAGCAUUGCAUCGGUGACUUAGGAACAUGCAGAAUAGUACAGUCGGCAGAAAAUGACGUGGAAGUCACUCCGAGAAUUGACGAAACCAGACGCAGCUUCGAGAUAAGUGAUGAAGACCACUCAUACAAGAAUUCAUGUUCCUAGUGGCGGGUAUAAGUUAUGUUAUAUUACUGUGUUCCUAUCCAGACGCACACAGACACACACACACACACACACACACACACACACAC